CUUCUCAGCCGAAAACCCUAGAGAGAGAGAGAGAGAGAGAGAGAGAGAGAGGGAGGGAUACAGAUUUUAGAGAAUCAGCGAGCUUCCAUUCAUUCACACACUCAGUUUACUUGUCUUUUAUAUACACAGAGAGAAUCAACUCAAUUUCCAUCCAUACUACAUAUACGUUGAUCGAAGAUCACAUAGACGCCAAAGAAGUUACAUUCGGAGACAUUCAUCUGUUUUGGCUCAGUUGACACACACGUUCUUUGUAACAGUGAGUACAUGAGGUGAUUCAUCAAGUGCAAGCUAUUGUUCAAUAGUAAAAAGCUUCUGAGCACAAGAAGUAUUGGGACCUGUAACUAUAACUUGAACGUAGUCAACAUACCACUUUUUGCCUGAGGACUAUAGGAGCAAUAGAUCAGCUCUCUUUGACGGAAUAGAAGAGGGAGGAAUCAGGGUGCUCCAUCAUACUCCCAUGAAAUUGAUGAGUAGGAAAAUGAUAGAGCUGUGGAUGUACUUCAAGAUAGAGUCCUCUUGUUGAAGCGAACGUAUACCAAGGGAAAAGAAAAGCAAAUUGGUUGCAUCUGUCUUCGGGGAUCACAAAUCACAUGUUUUGCAUUGGAAAGGUGAAGAACACCUAUUUUUCACCUUCAUUUCUUGUUAACAAUUACAGUAGUUAUACAUGGAAGAAACCAGUAAAGCUCACCCGAAGCUCAGAUUUUUAUGGUGUAUCAAUAAGUCACAGUGAAGCUAUAAAGUCAGGCACCGUUGUAGAUACUUACAUUGCAAACAACAUAUUAAGUGGGUAUUCAAAAUGCAAGCAAAUAAACUUAGCUCGACAACUGUUCGAAGAAAUUACCCAAAGAGAUAUUGUUUCUUGGAAUUCAAUGAUCACUGGAUAUGUAAAUCUUGGAAAGAAUAAUAUAAGUUGGGAGCUCUUUAAAGCCAUGAAAAGAGAUGGGUUUAGUUAUGAUCAGUUUACAUUUGGAAGCAUUUUGAAGGGAAUUGCUUGGAUUAAUGAUUUAAAGGCCGGGAAACAAGUUCACUCUAUGAUUAUUAAGAUGGGUUACGAGUGGAAUGUAUUCUCAGCUAGUGCGCUUUUAGAUAUGUAUUCAAAAUGCAAAAGGAUUCAAGAUGCUUAUCAAGUGUUUGAGUGCAUACCUGAACCAAAUUUUGUCUCGUGGAAUGCAUUGAUUACAGGAUAUGCACAAAUAGGUGAUCGUGAGACUGCAUUCUUUCUCUUUGAUCGUAUGGAGAGACAUGCUAUUGGACCUGAUGAUGUAACAUUUUCUAGCCUUCUGACGCUGCUUGAUGAUCCUAAGCUCUAUAAAGUAACGAUGCAAAUCCAUGCCAAGAUGAUAAAAUGUGGUCGAUUAAUUGAUACUGCAGCACAUAAUGCAACCAUUACCUCAUACUCUGAAUGUGGGUCCAUUGAAGAUUCACGAAAGGUAUUUGAAGAUGAGGAUGGUAUCCGAGAUUUGGUCACGUGGAAUUCCAUGCUAGCAGCUUACGUGGUUCACGAUUACAAGUCCCUUGCAGUUGAACUUUUUAUUGAGAUGCAAAGACAUGGGAUUGAACAAGACAUGUACACAUACAGUAGUAUUCUUAGUGCUUGUUUUGGACUGAAACAUCACAAGGAAGGGAAAUCUUUGCAUGGGUUGGCGAUUAAAAGGGGUUUAGACCAGGCGGUACCUGUAUGUAAUUCAUUGAUUGCGAUGUAUCUGAAAUCCAGCAACACAUCUAUGGAAGAUGCAAUAAAAUGCUUUGACAGCAUGGAGUUCAAGGACAAUGUGUCUUGGAAUUCUAUCCUGACAGGAUUCUCACAGAAUGGGUUGAGUGAAGAUUCUCUGAAAUUCUUUGGAUGGAUGCGAUCCAGGCCUCUUCCAGUUGACCAAUUUGCCUUUUCAGCUGUCAUCCGAUCUUGUUCAGAUUUGGCCACUUUACAACUAGGUCAGCAAAUUCAUGUCUUAGUCCUUAAAUCAGGCUUUGAGUCUGAUGACUUUGUAUCAAGCUCACUCAUAUUUAUGUACUCCAAGUGUGGGGUCGUUGAAGAUGCAAGGAAAUCCUUCGAUGCAACUCCAAGAUGUAGCACAAUCACGUGGAACUCAAUUAUAUUUGGCUAUGCACAACAUGGACAAGGUAAUAUCGCUCUUGAUCUCUUCUUGGAGAUGAAUGAAAAGAAUGUAAAACCAGAUCACAUAACCUUCGUUGCAGUUCUCACUGCAUGUAGUCACAUUGGUUUGGUGGAAAAAGGUUUGACAUAUCUAAACAAUAUGGAACCUAAAUAUGGUAUUCGACCUAGAAUGGAGCAUUUUGCAUGUGGAGUUGACCUGUUGGGACGCGCUGGACAUGUCAGAGAAGCAAAAAAGUUAAUUGAGUCUAUGCCAUUUGAAGCUGACGCAACGGUGUUGAAGACCCUGUUGGGUGCUUGUAGGCUACAUGGUGACUUAGAAUUGGCUACUGAGAUAGCGAAACGCUUGUUAAUCUUGGAGCCUGAUGAGCACUGCACAUAUGUCCUUCUCUCUAGCAUGUAUGGUCAUCUGGGAAGUUGGGAGGAAAAGGCUUCUAUAAAGAGGUUGAUGAAGGAGAGAAUGGUGAAGAAGGUUCCUGGUUGGAGUUGGAUUGAAGUGAAAAACGAGGUUCAUUCUUUCAAUGCUGAAGAUCGGUCACAUCCUCAACAUGAAGAGGUCUAUCAAAGAUUGGAAGAACUAAUGGAAGAGAUUAGGUGGUUGUACAAUGGUGAAGAUGAGGAAUUUUCUAACACAUGAUUUUGAUUAUGUUGUUCAACCUUGAAGACUUGUACUAGCAAACAAUUUUUGUUGGAAUAUCGACAUGAAAAACAACGCUUAUCAACCUUUCAUUUCUGGAA